AAUAAUAGAAGGUUGUUGGUCUCCCUGAAAAGCUUUGUUUUCCAAGUCACGAAAAGCGUUAGCACGGCUGCUUCAGUUCAGCCCCACCAUUGUAAAUAGUUUAAAAAUAACAAUACAAUUUUGAGAAUCCACAUUAAUCACACAACUUCGAAGGCAUCAUAACCCAAACUUCCCAAUGGGGCCUCCUGCCUCUGUUGAACAACUGCAUAUAAUUAAACAGCCAUAACCUUCACCUUAGCCCGCUCACCAAACCAUGAAAGGAAUGGACUUGUUCUGUUCUUCCCCUGCUUCCACUGCUGUAAUCUCCAGUAUGCACGUCCAGCGUUCUACGGUACGCCGUAGCCGCAAAAGCUACGGCCUCCUCGCUCCUGUGCCUUGUUCGUGUUCUUCCCUUUCCCCCAUUAACCCAAGGCCUUCUCACGAGAAGCACGGAAAGAGUUCUGAAGAUAAGCAAAACCAUGACCGGAUCCGCCGCAAAAGCCACGUUCAGCUUAACGACCUGUAUACUCACUGUAGCUCUGCUUCUUCCACAACACACCUCCUCGCUGACUCUGACUCCUCUUUCAUCCACACUGGUCACUCUCCUGCACUGCGCUCUUCUUCUUCGCCUCGCUCUCGGAACCAGGUUGUGGUUCUGAGGGUGUCAUUGCACUGCAAGGGCUGUGCAGCGAAAGUUGGAAAACACGUUUCAAAAAUGCAAGGAGUGACAUCUUUUAGCAUAGAUAUGGAGGCAAAGAAAGUAACAAUUGUGGGGAACGUGACGCCACUAGGUGUCCUGGCUAGUGUCUCCAAGGUGAAGAAUGCACAGCUCUGGCCAUCUUCGGCAUCCUCAUCUAUGGCCGUGGCCGGCGUAUGAGCUAUACUGGCUCUAUCAUAAUUGCUUUUUUCGUUCCCUGUCAUCAUUUUACAUGUGGAUUAUAGAUUUAUGGUCUGAAACGCCUUCCCAGGAUCUGGAUGCUUGUAUAAUUACUAGUUUGAUGCCUCGUCGGGCUUCAUGUUUGUCUUGUAAUGUCGAAGCUCUAGGAUGUUUUUCUUUAUUCGCGAGCACAAGGACUCGUCUUCCUUUCUUUCUUUGGUUUCACUUUUAAAGAUCAUGAUUGUGGCGCUCCCUUCCAUGGUAGCUGCCAGUAAGUGCGUAUGGAACAGAAAAGGGAAAAAACUGAGAAGUGGUCAGAGUGAUCGAUCAUGCUAAACACUUCUUCUGCCCCUACCCCCAUAAGCUGUAGAUUAUCGUCUGUGUUCAAUAGACAUUCAGUAGUGGAAGAUUCUCCGGACACAAUAACCGAACAUCCACAUUAUUGCUUUGUUAUGGAGUCCAAUGGCUUAAUUCUCCCCCGAAAGCCACAUUUCUCGUCUCUAGCUGCUAACUCUAACCGUGUUUAACUAGUCUUACUAUGCAAUUUAUUUAUUUUUUGACUUGACGCACGUCGAAGCUUCGUUGUCAAGAAUUAUCACAAUAUGUCAUGUCGGGAGAGCGAUGGAUUGAUAAUGGCGUCGGAUAAAGUGAGCGGUGAAAGUCAGUGCUUUUUCGUGCGAACGUACAUUCCCUGGAGUUGAGGAAGACGAUGACCCAAGAGCAUACUUUGUAGUUGCAGAGUCAAACAUGCCGGCGGCUCGCACUUCCAUUUUAUGAAUC